AUGUGUUCUAAUGCGUACUCUCUUCUUUCUAUCUUUUCGGAUAAGUCGAGGGUGCCUCCUGGCUUGAAAUCGAAUCACGAUACAACCGAAGAGACGCUGACGCUUAUAAUGUGUCACCAGAGAAGCGUGGAAACGCAUUACAGUUUCAUUGAAAGUAGUUGUUUGGCUAAUCCAAGCAGUCUUGUAUUACUUGCAUUUUGUAUUUUUUCUCUGAAACAGGAGCACGCGGUCUUGCGGUGUAGUGGUUAUCACGUCUGCUUUACACGCAGAAGGUCGCCGGUUCAAACCCGGCCAAGACCUGAUAGUGCGCUUGUUUUCUUCUCACACAUGAUCACUUCUACAUUUCUUCAACAGUUGAAACGUUUUCAGAACAUAUUCUGUAUGUCUCCACCAAACAAAAAAGCUCCGGAUUUUAAUACAAUUAUUUUGGAGAACUAG